AAAAUUGCAUUUAGUAAGCCAAAUUAUUGUACCCUAUUUCGCGGACGCGUAAGUUCAUACGUGUCUUGGAUGCGCUUACGCGUCCGUCCGUCGGCAACCUCUCAAAGACGUGCCUAUAAGAGUCCCGGGACACGGGCCGUCUCUUCAUUCUGGAUUCUGCUGAGCUGUUGUACACACACACUUACUCCAGGAUCACUAGUUUCCCGAAUCAUGGACUCUCGGUUCACCUCAAGACCCGGGAGUUAGCAUGUUAGCUGAGCAUCUUCAGCUAUGCUGAGCCUAGCUGAAGGACAAAUAGAGAUAAUAUAAGGUUGAACCCAGACAGAUCAAACAAGGAUCUCAAGGAAUUCUUCAACCAUUGUCCAAUUUCCGAUAGUCCUGAGAUGUAUCCAGAAAAAUCGUUGCCAGAAUUUCAAAAAUCCAUGUCAGACCUCUUCAAUGCCGCCAUUCCUCUUAAUAACAGAGUGCUAGAGAUCAUGGCAAGGGGACUCAACCUGGAGGACCAAUUUUAUUUUGUGGAGAGACACAGUUGGGUGGGAACAAAACGGAGCCAGACCGCACUGCGUAGCUUCUAUUACCCCUCCCUGGCCGACGUCAAGAUCAAAGAAAACCAGGUCCGAUGCGGGGAGCAUUGGGACUAUGGAGGGAUUACUAUUCUGUUCCAGGACAAACAAUCGGGUCUGGAGAAACACCGCGUGAUGAUUCCUGCGGAUCAUAUCGACCUUGACCGACAGUCCAUCGCUUUCUUCGGAAACCCCGACAACGACGCUGUCCUCGAGUGCAUCGACCAGUCCAACAAGUACCCUCCGACCACGAUCAUUGACCUGCUCAAUAUGAAGUACGAGCAGACAACAACGAAGAAACCGAAUUCCAGGACCUACUGAAGGACAAAUAGCUUCCAUGUUGGUUUGGUUUUCGUUUCAAUGAUUCUCAAAUAAUUAUAUUUUAAUAGAAACCAGGGGUGCUCAUUGCCGUUGAUUUAGUGAAAACGAAGUGAGUUUCCAAUCAUAGAUUGUCCUAAAUGUAUUGUAUAAGAGACUCAUUGACAACAAAAUGUGUGUCUGUUAUAGCGCCACCCAUUGUUAGACGUGUUUGAGCCUUUUGUGUAUGUUGAGUCUAAAUGUAACACUUCUAUUGGGGUUCGAUCUUUUGGUAUUUCUUUUUAUUCAGAUAAUAUUUCUAUGGACAUGAAGUGUAGAUCGUGGUGAGAUACAGGCACGUAGACACGGGGAGGGGCACGGGGGGGGGGGGGGGAAACUAACAACUUACCCCCCAACAAAUUUCCAAAAUCGAUUGAACUUUUUUAGACCCCUCCCCAGGACUUCGAUCGAUUACAUGUAUGUGCCCCUCCCAAAAAACCAUCAAACUCUGGCUACGAUAGCAUACUUUGUCAAAUGUAAAUUAUUUGUUAUUUGUCCCAGGAGAGGAGAAAUGGAGUUAUUCAGAUGAUGGGGUCGUUAAAUAUCGUAUCUCAUUAUAUUACGUAUUCCGAUCAUUCUUUGGCAAAACUUUCAGGCCCCCCUAACACAAGAAUAAGUUAGAAAUCGCUCAUCAAUCGCACAAUCAAUUCAUAUAAACAUGCACCAUUGGUUACUAAGCUGUUAGGAAAGAAGAAAGCUGCAAAAAAAAACCAUGGAUAUCUCGAGGGA